AUGUCUAAGAUACUAUUAGGUUACUUGGAGUUGGUCGUUGGACAAUCAAAUAGUUUACAUGGUUAUCCCAAGAGAAUAAAUAUUUAUAAACAUUCCAUUGUCAAAAUAGGAAGAAAUGAAGCUGAAUGUGAUUUUGUAAUCGAAGAUGCUUCGGUGUCUUCGAUCCACUGUAUAAUUUGGUCGGUUUUGUUCGAUGAACAUAGCGUUCCAAUGUUUUAUCUCAAGGAUUACUCAUUGAAUGGGACGAUGAUUAACGAUCGAAAGCAACUGAAAAAAAAGUUUGCUUACAUUUUAUGUGAUGGUGAUCAGAUUUUGGUUAAUGAUACUAUCAUAGUAUUUCGACAAGUUUUCCAAAAUUCUCCAAUGAAAAGUUUAGAGUCUCUUGGGUUUCAAAAAAAUAUUAAAAACUGGGAAAUUGCAAAUAAAAUUAUUGGAAUGGGAACGUUUGGUCAUGUCAUGGUUGCUUACAAGACAGACUACGAUAGAAAUAGUUUAUCGUCGGAGAAAAUUAGACAGAAAGAGAAUUAUGCAGUUAAGAUAAUAAAAUUGAAACCAAAUAAAUUAGACAAAGAAGCCAAGAUACUUUUGACCCUUGAUCACCCAAAUAUCAUUAAAGUUCAUUUCACGUAUUAUGAUUCUAGAGACAAUUAUUAUAUCUUUCAGGAUUUAAUAGCAGGUGGUGAUUUAUUUUCUUAUCUUGCCAAAACGGAUUGUCUGUCAUCUAUAUCUGAAAUGGAAUCGUUAAUAAUUGUCUACCAGUUAUUGAAAGCAUUAAGUUAUUUACAUAGUAAAGGUGUGGCUCAUAGAGAUUUAAAACUUGAUAAUAUAUUGAUAUCAUCGCCGGAGACGGUUUAUCCCAAGAUUGUGCUUGCUGAUUUCGGGAUAGCAAAAAGGUUUGCUACAACUGCAAACUCCAAUACUAAUAGGAUGUUUACAAUAGUAGGCACGCCAGAAUAUUGUGCACCCGAAGUGGGGUUUAAAAGUAGUAGUCAUGGACAACCGAUACCUGUUGUUGCAACACCUGCGAUGUUAUCGACACAGCAAUUUUGUAAGGGAUAUGAUAUGAAGUGUGACAUGUGGUCACUAGGUGUCAUUGCACAUAUUAUGUUAACGGGCAUCUCUCCAUUUUAUGGCGACGGAAACGAAAUGAAUAUAGUCAAAUUAUCGAGAAUCGGGAAAUUAAACUUCGAGUUAAAACAGUGGGGAGGUAUAUCAGUAGAGGCACAGAGUUUUGUUGCUAGUCUCUUACAUGUUGAUACAAAAGAAAGAAUGGACAGUAAGCAAUGCUUUGACCACCCUUGGAUUUUGAAACAUAUGGCUAAGUUAGAAAAAAUAUACAAAAAAAAAUACUAG